AUGUCUGUGGACGAGGUCCCCUUCGGUCUUGCUCUCCAGACGCUGACUCCAUUCCGUUUUUCUUGCAAUCGUUUGCUGAUGCAACGUCUUCCGGAGCUCCGUCUACCUGUGUUCAAUCUCAUUCGGCUCCUUGAUCCAAUGGUAUGGUAGCUCAUCCUUCUUAAAUAUUUCUUUCAAUCGUGUCCACGCACGUGUUUCGAGCAAACUCCAAGAAAAGCACGAAGUGUUUUCAUAACAUAGUGCGUGCUAUUGCGCCUCUGUGACUCUUUAGUCAAUCACUCAGUUUGAACUGGAGGACACAGAGUUGGCGACUGGAGCCCCCGGCGUCUUGCCCUCCGCACUCGGUUGGAUCGUCAGUCUGCGCAACCUCCGAGCUUGUUCAUUACCAGCAUGCAUCGCACCUCCCAGACACACCGCAUCUGGUGCGGCAGGCGCAAGCCUGUCGUCGCAUACUUUCGCCUCAACAAGCCCACACUCUCCCGGUGCGGCCUGCCGCCUCUUGAACCGCGCACUCAUCUCGAUACGUCACCUGCAGCGCCUUGGCCUGGCCCGCUGCUACCUGGGUGGACAACUGCACAUCUUGCUUGGUGGUCUUAGUCAGCCGCUGGAGUAUCUCAACAUUCAGGUGUGUCCCUGGACCAGUCACCUUUUCGUCAUCUUGUCUUCCAAAUGA